CUUAAGUUGCCCUCAAUGUCAGCUAAUAUUACAACAUUGUUGCUGGUGUAUGAAUGGAUGAAUUUAAAUGCAGUGUUGAAUACCAGCAUGGUAUUCAACCAAAGGUCCAUCGAGGUCCAUCAAAUACACAACGUUUGGCCAAAACAGGUAAAGGUUGAUUAUUGAUAUUGGUUUAUCCUAGUCAUGAACUUAUUGCGUGGCUAAAUGAUUAACUGAUAAUUCGUCCACUAAAGGAACUGCAGCCAGAAAAGGAACCACCAGUGUCUGAACCUGGCUGAACGUCAUCAGGAGUGACAUGUUUUUAGACUCAAACAUUUACUGAUGAAAACACAAGGACUUAAGUUUCAUUUCAGACCUGAGUGACAGUUCAGAGUGGAAGCUUCUGAAGAGCCUGUCCUGGUCUUCUGCAGUUUGGGAAUCACUGAUUGACAUGACUAAGCAGCUUUUUCACUUUCAGUCCAGAUCAUUUGUAAGUUAAACGCUCACUCUGAGGUUUAUAGCCGACUUCAGGUUCGAACUUUGGCAGCAAAGUGAAACCUCCAUCUAUGCAUUCACGUUGACAAGCCUCUUCGUUUCCAUGUGACGUUUGAUGUUUCUGACCACUGGAAAAUCUGCUACGUUAUUAUGACAAAUGGCAACUGUGUCACAUCACACGCCUGCCGCUCCGAUAAAUAUUACUGCACCCGUGACGGAGCUUCUGCUGGACCCUGAAGUCUGCACUGAAGUCGCUCAGGUUGCAGCACACCUGAAGCAUCUCGGGCUACCUUGGACCACUUCAACAGAUUCCCAGAAUCAGAAUCACAUUGACUUCAGAGAGACCAGAUCUGGGACCAUGUGGCACAGAUCCGUUGUGCAGCCUUCAGUGCUCUUCAUAAUCCUGCAGCUCUGCGGCCUCCCUAUGUCGGUUGUGAACAGUCCAGUGUGUUCGCUGCAGGGAAUCCUCCUGGAAUCAUCCCACCACCUGCUCAGAGAUGUGGGGGGACCAUUUCCUGUUCCCUGUGUUCAGUACAACGCUAACAUCUCCUUCCCCAAAUCUGUACUCCGUGCUGCCACAGACAACCUGUCUGAGUGCCGCCAGGUAUCAUGGCUGGUAUUUGAGUCACUGCAAGGAGCAUGGAAUGUGUUUGAGGACUACAACGUAACUUUUGGGGAGGAUGGGCUCAACUGGAAUGAAGUCAACUUCGAUAACUUCCAGAACCUGCAGUACCAAGUGCUGGAGGACGGCAGCUGUUUGUCUGGUUUCAGGAGUUCACACCUUUUGUCUUUGUACUUCGAUGACGUGAGAACCGUCCUGCAGCAGGGCAGUGCAGCCUGUGGAUGGGAGGCUCUGCGCAGAGAUUUACUUUGGGUCCUAAAAAUCGCCCUGCAGAAAUACCACACCUGCUUCACUUGGAGACAAGCCAAAUGAAGAUAGAGGCCAUGCCCCAUUUCAGCUCACUGUUCAUGAAUAUUUAUUUAUUUAUUGUUAUAUUUAUAAAAAAGCAUGUUAAUUUUAAUAUAUAUUUAUAUAUUUAUUCUUACUAAAUUAUAUGUUUUGUGUUGCUGUUUUUUUUUGUUUUUUUAAUUUUGGAUUAAAGAGGCAUUUACUGAUUUCUGACCAGUCUGUAGACUUUAUAUACAUCAUGUAUAAUAACCUGUGAUGGGGAGGAGCUUAAUGACUAGUAAGGUAGUUUAUCCAGUUGUCUAACAAAGGUCACAGCCCAGCUACAGAUGACAGGAGCUAUGCUAAAUGCUAACUGUAGCUGAGCUGAGUAUCAACCGCAUAUUAAACACCUCCAGCUGUUUUUCAAAGUGUUUUUUCACUGCUGAAAAGCAAGUUGUGCUAUAAGACAAGGCUACAUUUUACCAGCUAAAAUGUGCAAAAACUAUUAACGUUGAUGGUUUAUGUCCAGAGAAAACAGGAAAAACUGUAGUAUUAUGGUAGUUGUGGAUGUAAAUAGUCAUAUCCUACAACACCCAGAAUGCAUUGCACUAAUCUCUCUCGAGCUACAAUGAUUGGGCCUACCUGAUCCUGGACGGUGUGUUACUCCUCCGGUUUACAGACAAACGCUGGGACAUUGCUUUUUAACAAAAGGUUAUAUUUUAACAGUGUGCAUAAAUAAAGACAUUGUUUCU